GCUUUGAUAAGUUAGCAGUUACGAUUCGAUCGAGCCAGUGGAUAGACAACACUGUUUUAGUGUUCACAAAUAAAUUUGUUUGUGGUGUUAAGUGUUUAGAAGUGAAAUGGCUGGAGCUGGCAGGGGCGAGGGGAGAGGCCCAGGAGUGGGCAAACUGGAAUCGCAGAUCUAUUGUAUAAAAUACACACUGUUUUGCUUCAACGUCGUAUUGUGGAUAUUCGGCGUAUCAAUAUUCGCUCUUUGUCUUUGGAUCUGUAUUGAGCCUGGCUUCAAUGAAUGGAUGCGCAUCCUGGAGCUGCAGAAAUAUUUCAUUGGUGUCUACAUUAUCCUCAUUGGUUCGCUUGUUAUCAUGGUCGUCGCCUUCCUUGGAUGCGGUUCAGCUUUGAUGGAAAAUGUCCUGUUACUAUAUGCUUACAUAGGAUCACAAAUAGCAACAUUUGUGUUGGGCCUGGUUGGAGCCUGUGUUGUUCUCGACUUCUCCACCUAUGACUCCAGCAUCCAGCCCCUGAUCAGAGACGUGACCAUGAGGCUGAUGAACAACCCACAACACGAAGGCAGUCGCGAGAUUCUCAGGAUGGUGCAGGAAGGAAUUGGUUGCUGCGGAGCUGACGGUCCCAUGGACUAUAUCAACAUGAACAAACCACUGCCCGCUGAAUGCCGAGACUCUGUCACCGGCAACGCUUACUUCCACGGCUGCGUUGAUGAGCUUACCUGGUACCUCGAAGGCAAGACUGGCUGGUUGGCUGGCAUCGUCCUUGCUUCCUGCAUGAUUGCUGUUGUGAAUGCUGUCAUGUCCCUGGUCCUCAUCCAAGCCGUCAAGAAGGAAGAAGACGAGGCGACGAUGUAUAAAUAAAUAGCUAAUAAUAAUAAUAUAGCAUUAUUAUAUACUAAGCUACUACUAAUGUUUUAAUAAUAGUUUUAUUUUUAUAUUAUUACGUAACAAAUCCCGACAUUUUCACGAAAAUAUUGUUUGAAUCCAACCACCGUUUUUAUUUAGGUAUAAUUUAGAUUGUAAUUUUUAUUAUGUAUCUUUUUUGUUUUUAAAUAAAGAUUUAUUUUUACGGCCAA